AUGUCGGCGGAAGCACCCCCUCUCGAUGCUAAUCAACUCCGAGUUGAAUGGGGGAGCCAUAAACCAGUAUCUAAAGCCUCCGAUUUUGUUCGCCUUCGUUGUGCUCUCCUUAAUGCUCUUACCUCCAGAACGACUUCGACCUCUUCAGACUCCAAGAGACUUCUACAUCUUGCUGUCGAUGUACACGAGGAAGGACCAUAUUUCACCAACGAAUUCAAGCUGUGCUGGCUUGUCGAAAUUCCAAACUCAUCUCAACUCUUCAAGUCAUACGGCAUGGGAAGAGCCUGCGAGUCUGGUCCUAUCUCUUUUCGCGUCUUCACCACGAUGAGGGAAAUUGAAAAUAAAUCAUUCUACACGAUAUGGGCAGAAGCUGAAGCUCGAAACAUUAGAAAUCAACGGACCAAGAGAGUCGAUCACGAUGGAAAAGAAAAGUUUCUGACAACUACUGUCAUUUUCAAUUGGCCAGGAUCCGUGGAAGGAGAUCUCGUACAAAAACUCGACUGGUCUUGCAUUGCGAAUCUCAUAUCACAUUACGCCAAGAUCGGAUUCAACACUGACGGAGAACCUGCAUGUGAUGACAUAGUUAUGGAAAGGUUAUUUGAGAAUAUCAAUCCAUCGAAGGAGCAAGGGUAUCGCUCCUAA